GAUAGUGGAGGUUUUCAAAUGAUCAACAAUGUUCCCACCUCAGAGCAUUCUAUAUUUUUACAAAAUUCUAUCGGUGCUGACAUUAUAAUGCAAUUGAAUGAUGUAGUAUCAUCAUUAAUAACCGGAAAAGGGGUUGAAGAAAAUUUAUUUACUAUUGUACAAGGCGGAUUGGAUUCUAAUUUACGAAAGAAAUGUUUCGAAGAAAUGGUAUUACGUGAUACACCCGGAUACGCGAUAGUUGGUUUAAGUGGUGAUGAAGAAAAAGAUAUUUUUGGAAAAUGUAGAGUAACGCUAUGUACCGAUUUAUUACCCAAGAACAAACCUAUAUAUUGUAUGGUAUUGGGACCUUGUUGUUCUGCAUUAGGUGUUGAUAUGUAUGAUUGUGUUUUUCCAACUUGUACUGCG